AUGGGUGAGAUCAAUGCUCUUGAAGCACAGAUUAUGCGGUGCAGAUUGCCAGACCAAGAUGAACAUGGCCUUACUCAUUUGGCAAAGUUCUACGCGCAUCAUGUGCACCUACACUAUCAGUUAAGACUGUCUUUCUCCUCUUGGCAUUGGCACGCGCUUCUGAUCACACUCUACCGUCCCUCCGGAAGCGAACAUCUGGAUAAUCUUGCUCUAAGCCAACAAGGGUCUGAGCAGCAACGCCUGCAGUCUAAAGCCAACGCCGCAGCAUCAAAGUCAACCGAGAUUCUUGACAUUCUUGCUCGCGAGAAUCUGCUAGAAUAUGUAGGCCCAAUGACGUAA